GAAAACAAAUGUUUUUAUAUCUCAAAUAAUUUAAAUAUAUUAUUAAUGCUUACCAACAACGGUUUUAAGCACCACUGCUACAAACACAUUUUUUUUUAUUCACAAAAAAAUAUAUUUAAACCAUUUACUAGUAUAUUUUAUUAUAAUUUAGCAGCUACAUUUUUAUGCUAGCUCUGAUUAAUAUGUGAUAUCUCAAAAUAACAAUGAAAUAAUUGACAAAUGUACGUAUUUUUGUUUUCUGUGUACCUUAAGAUUCCCGGGAACGUAUUACGCAGAUACAUUUAUGCAAAUUUAAUGGAACUCACGAGUGCAAGUGCAUUGUGGUUGGGAUUAAACUGCACUCGCAUUAAUUAAUUCAAAGCGCGGAGAGGGGAAUGGGAUGUUGAUUUGAUUUGGAUUGCAUUGCACUGGAUAAAGGCAAGUCAACAACUUUCACUACAAAUCGACAAAAGUCUAGGGAUCAUUUUCCGCUAAAAAUUAAAAUGUUUAUAAAAAAUAUAACCAGUUGUUAUAAAUGAGUUAAUUAACUAAGAAUGGUAAAAGAAAUAAGUAUAUUCUAUAUACAAUGCAUUUCAAUGUAAAGAGAUAUGUAAAAUGUAUAUACAAAUUAUACCAUAUUAUAUCAUAUUAUAAAUAAAACCAUGAUUAUACAUUUUUCUUUUAGUUAAAACGAUAACUAAUUGAAUUAACCAAUAAUUAUAUUUAACGGAACAGUAUGCGUAUUUAGUUUAGUAAUAAACCUUAACAAUUAUGCGGUAUAUAAAAACCAUUUCUCAUCAAAAUUAUUGGUGUACAAAAUUAUAUAAGUUAUCAGCAUUUGACAAAAAUUUGUUUUUUUCCUGGUUGUCAAGGAUUCCUAAAGAUUCUUUUAAUUGUUUCAAAGCAAACUGUUUGAUAAGCAAUUUGCGAGGCUAUCAAGCUGGCAAAUUUGUUUGGUUGUUGGUUGGCUUACUACCUUACACCUUAAGUAUAUUAUAUUAAGUAUAUUUUCCUGGACCCAGCCAACAUCUCGAGUAAGUGGGUCAACCUAUCUAUCGUCGAUUGAUAGACGGCAACUUCCUCCACUUCCACUUCGAGAGCAAGGCAAACCGCGUCCAAAUCAAAUCAGCUUUCAGGGGCACCGGAUCAGUGAUAGGAAACUGAUAAGGAGGCCAUAUAAGAGAUGGUCGGACCGAAUGGCCGGGAAAUUCCAAAGCGAGAGCAGCCAUGUCCGGAGCAAGAUGGAUGUCCGUGGCCCUUGUGGCCUUGUGCUUAGCGGUGUCCUCGGUGGCCGCCAAUGGCUUCAGCACCCAGUAUCGCGGUCACGUCCAGCACCCAACCCUCCCGCUGCACUGCCUCUACGAGGAGCUCGACCUGGCCGUGCCGCUCCAUGGGUACGAACUGCCCUCCGGUCACAACGGCUACUGCGUCCGGGUGCACUGCGCCGAGGACUACCUGCUGAUGAUCCAACACUGCGACCAACAGCGGUACCCAGCACCUGGCUGCCAAUUCAGUCCCAGCGACUUUAGCCUCCAGUAUCCCGACUGCUGUCCUCAACUGGUGUGCUCCUAGCUCUCUAGAUAUGAGGCAUUAUUUUAUACACCAUGGAACUCCCUCAACUGGGGCUUCAACUGCAUCUGACAUCAAAAAUGUAGAAGAAGAUUGACAAUAACAUUUAAAAAUAAAUUUAAUAAGACAUUGAGAGCUAA